AUGGAGCUGCUGUCGCCGCCACUGCGAGACGUGGACUUGACGGGCCCAGAUGGUUCUCUCUGUUCUUUUACCACAGCCGACGACUUCUAUGACGACCCAUGUUUUGACUCCCCAGACCUGCGCUUCUUCGAGGACCUGGACCCGCGCCUCGUGCACGUGGGCGCGCUCCUGAAGCCAGAAGAACAUUCGCACUUCCCUGCGGCCUCGCACCCGGCUCCCGGCGUGCGCGAGGACGAGCAUGUGCGUGCGCCCAGUGGGCACCACCAGGCGGGCCGCUGUCUACUGUGGGCGUGCAAGGCUUGCAAACGCAAGACCACCAACGCUGACCGCCGCAAGGCCGCCACCAUGCGCGAGCGGCGCCGCCUGAGCAAAGUCAACGAGGCCUUCGAGACGCUUAAGCGCUGCACGUCGAGCAACCCGAACCAGCGGCUGCCCAAGGUGGAGAUCUUGCGCAACGCCAUCCGCUACAUUGAGGGUCUGCAGGCGCUGCUGCGCGACCAGGACACCGCGCCCCCUGGCGCUGCAGCCGCCUUCUACGCGCCCGGCCCGCUGCCCCCGGGCCGCGGCGGCGAGCACUACAGCGGCGAUUCAGACGCGUCCAGCCCGCGCUCCAACUGCUCUGACGGCAUGAUGGACUACAGCGGCCCCCCGAGCGGCGCCCGGCGGCGGAACUGCUAUGACGGCGCCUACUACAGCGAGACGCCCAGCGAAUCCCGGCCGGGGAAGGGCGCGGCCGUGUCGAGCCUCGACUGUCUGUCCAGCAUCGUGGAGCGCAUCUCCACCGAAAGCCCCGCGGCGCCCGCGCCUCUCUUGACCGACGCGCCACCGGAGUCGCCCUCCCGCCCACCAGAGGCGGUUGCUUCGAGCGAGGGCGAGCUCAGCGCCCCCAUCCCAUCCCCGGACGGCGCCACACAGUGCCCGGAAGGCGCGAAUCCCAACCGGAUCUACCAGGUGCUCUGA